UGCUAGGCCGCUCACGAGGUUCUUCUUUUCUCAGGCACCACCUUUUCCGUGCGCGAGUCUGUGGCCUGGAUGGACUGGUGAAUUCUGUCAAAAUUCACAUAAGUUCGGCGAUUUGUGUUGUACAAGAAAACCACCAAAAUGCCGGCGUAUUUUCAGCGCCCAGAGAAUGCACUCAAACGAGCAAAUGAAUUUCUGGAAGUUGGCAAGAAACAACCAGCCUUGGAUGUUCUGUACGAUGUCAUCAAGAGCAAGAAGCAUCGAACAUGGCAGAAGAUCCACGAGCCCAUUAUGCUCAAAUACCUGGAGCUUUGCGUGGAUCUUCGCAAGAGCCACCUGGCAAAGGAAGGCCUCUACCAGUACAAAAACAUCUGCCAGCAGGUGAACAUCAAAUCUCUAGAGGAUGUGGUUAGGGCUUACUUGAAGCUGGCAGAGGACAAGACUGAAACAGCUAAAGAGGAGUCACAGCAGAUGGUCCUGGACAUUGAGGAUCUGGACAACAUCCAGACUCCAGAGAGUGUGCUCCUGAGUGCCGUGAGUGGAGAGGACACUCAGGAUCGUACGGAUCGCCUGCUGCUCACUCCCUGGGUGAAAUUUUUGUGGGAGUCUUACCGUCAGUGCCUGGACCUGCUUCGGAACAACUCCAAGGUGGAGCGCCUUUACCAUGACAUCGCCCAGCAAGCAUUCAAGUUCUGCCUUCAGUACACCCGGAAAGCAGAGUUUCGCAAGCUGUGUGACAACCUGCGAAUGCAUCUGGGCCAGAUCCAGCGACACCACAACCAGAGUACUGCCAUCAACUUGAACAACCCUGAGAGUCAGUCUAUGCACCUGGAGACACGUUUGGUGCAGCUUGACAGUGCCAUAAGCAUGGAGCUCUGGCAGGAAGCAUUCAAGGCGGUGGAGGACAUCCAUGGUUUGUUUGCUCUUUCCAAGAAACCACCAAAGCCUCAGCUUAUGGCCAACUACUACAACAAGGUGUCUACUGUGUUUUGGAAAUCUGGAAAUGCUCUUUUCCAUGCUGGCACCCUCCAUCGGCUUUAUCAUCUUUCCAGAGAGAUGCGCAAGAAUCUCACUCAAGAGGAAAUGCAAAGGAUGUCCACUAGAGUCCUUCUGGCUACUCUGUCCAUUCCCAUCACCCCUGAGCGCACAGAUAUUGCUCGACUUUUGGAUAUGGAUGGUAUCAUUGUGGAAAAACACCGCCGGCUGGCAACCUUACUGGGCCUACAGGCGCCACCAACCCGCCAAAGUCUGAUCAAUGACAUGGUGAGAUUUAACUUGUUGCAGUAUGUGGUACCCGAAGUGAAGGAACUUCACAACUGGCUUGAAGUUGACUUCCAUCCCUUGAAGCUCAGUGGAAGAGUAACCAAGGUACUGAAUUGGGUGAGAGAUCAGGGUGAGAAGGAGGCUGAGCUACAGCAGUAUGUGCCACACCUCCAAAAUAACACCAUCUUGCGUCUCCUGCAACAAGUCGCACAGAUCUAUCAGAGCAUUGAGUUCAGUCGUCUGGCCUCUCUUGUUCCUUUCGUGGAUGCUUUCCAGCUGGAACGCUCUAUUGUGGAUGCUGCGAGGCACUGUGAUCUGCAGGUCCGAAUUGACCACAGCUCUCGGACAUUAAGUUUCGGAUCUGACCUGAAUUACUCGACAAAGGAGGAUGCUCCAGUUGGGCCCUUCCUGCAAAACAUGCCCUCUGAGCAAAUAAGGAACCAGCUGACUGCUAUGUCUGCCUCUUUAGCUAAGGCCCUGCAGGUCAUCAAACCUCCCUCCACGCUGCAAGAGCGUGAGGAGCAGAGCCAGCAGGCCAUAGCAGCUUAUUUGAAAAAUGCUCGCAAAGACCAUCAGCGCAUCCUGGCUCGCAGGCAGACUAUUGAGGAGCGUAAGGAGCGUCUGGAGAGCUUGAACAUCCAGCGUGAGAAGGAGGAACUAGAGCAGCGGGAGGCAGAGUUGCAGAAGGUCCGCAAGGCGGAGGAGGAACGCCUGCGCCAGGAGGCUAAAGAGAGGGAGAAGGAGCGAAUUAUGCAAGAGCAUGAGCAGAUCAAGAAAAAGACAGUGCGUGAGCGCCUGGAGCAAAUUAAGAAGACUGAGUUGGGAGCCAAGGCCUUUAAAGAUAUUGACAUUGAGAAUCUGGAGGAACUGGAUCCUGACUUCAUCAUGGCUAAGCAGGUGGAGCAGCUAGAGAAGGAGAAGAAAGAACUUCAAGAGCGUCUGAAGAACCAGGAGAAGAAGAUUGACUACUUUGAGAGAGCAAAACGACUUGAGGAAAUUCCUCUUAUCAAAAAGGCCUAUGAGGAGCAGCGUGUCAAGGACAUGGAAUUGUGGGAGCUCCAGGAAGAGGAGAGGAUCAGUAACAUGAAAGUGGAGCGGGAGAAGGCUCUGGAGCACAAGAAGCGCAUGUCUCGCAUGAUGGAGGAUAAGGAAAACUUUUUGUCCAAAAUAACAGCUGCUCGUAGCUUUAUUUAUGAGGAGAAACUGAAGGCAUUCCAGGAGCGCCUGGUGGAAGAGAGGAGAAGUCGUCUGGAGGAAAGGAAGAGGCAGCGUAAAGAGGACAGACGUAAGGCUUAUUACCUCCAGAAAGAGGAAGAAGCACAGCGUAUCCAUGAGGAACAACUCAAAAAAGAGCGUGAGGAGCGCGAACGUCUUGAACAGGAGCAGCGAGAGGAGGAGGAGCGGGAGUAUCAGGAGCGCCUCCGCAAGCUUGAAGAGCAGGAACGAAAGCAACGUGCUCGCCAGCAAGAGAUUGAAGAGCGUGAGCGCCGUCGUGAAGAGGAGAGACGCAGUGCCCCAGAGGAGAAAGCCAAGGACUGGGGUGAAAAGGAGGAGGGAGGAUGGCGGAAGCGCACUGAGCCAGAAUCAGAAUGGCGUCGUCCUGUACCCGACAGGGACUGGAGACAAGAAGGUCGCAAUGAUGACGAGGAGAGAGAGAUGCCCUACCGACGAGGAGAGGGUCUGCGCCGAGGUGGAGAUGAUAGAGGACCUCGGAGAGGUUUUGACGAUGAUCGAGGUCCUAGGCGUGCCUUUGAUGACGACAGGGGUCAACGUAGGGGCGUGGAUGACGACAGGGGUCCACGUAGAGGCGUGGACGACGACAGGGGUCCACGUAGAGGCGUGGACGACGACAGGGGUCCACGUAGAGGCGUGGACGACGACAGGGGUCCUCGUAGGGGCGUGGACGACGACAGGGGUCCUCGUAGGGGAUUGGAGGACGACAGGGGUCCUCGUAGGGGCAUGGAGGACGACAGGGGUCCUCGUAGGGGCAUGGAGGACGACAGGGGUCCUCGUAGGGGAAUGGAGGACGACAGGGGUCCUCGUAGGGGAAUGGAGGACGACAGGGGUCCUCGUAGGGGCAUGGAUGACUCCAGGGGUCCCAGGCGUGAUGAUGAUUGGGGACCCAGAAGAGGAGGAGAUGAUGACAGGGGUGGAAGAAGAGGAGAAGAUGGCCAGCGUCGUGGUGUAGAUGACUCCAAACCCUGGAAGCCGCUCAGUCGACCAGGUGGCUGGCGUGAGCGGGAGAAGGCAAGGGAGGAAAGCUGGGGUCCUCCUCGCGGUGGUAACCAUGAUGGUCGAGAUGACGACGACAGAGAGGAACGAUCCAGUGACCGCUUCAGAGAUCGUCCCAAAGAGGAGAAUACAUGGAGGAGAGCAGAAGAAGGAGGCAGUUGGAGAGAUUCUCGCAGAGAAGAUGCUGAUCGUGAUGACCGCCGUGGCGAUCGUGAUGACCGUCGUGACCGAGACGACCGUCGCGAUGAUCGCCGACGUGAUAGAGAUCGCCGUGAUGAUCUUCAGCAGAGAGGCCCACCAAGAGAUCAAAAUGAUGGAGGCACCUGGCGUCGUGGAGGUGACGACAAGCGUGAGGAACGGGAAAGGCCCAGGGAGAGAGAGCGGGAGCGCGACCGAGAGGCUGAGGGAGAGAAGAACUGGCGUUCCGACAAAGAUAACGCUCGUCGCACGAAGAACGAGAUCGAUGAUGAUGGUUGGACCACUGUACGCCGCUGAAUUCCAUCGUCCCCAAAUUCACUUAAAAAAAUAUAAUUGAUAUUGCUCAAAUUUCAGAAUAACCUUCAAUAUCUCAUCCUUCAUUUAGCAAAAUACAAGCCUCUGAUACGCUCUGUAUUACUUUCAGAAGGGGUUCCCUGGGGGUGUUUUUUUUUUUUUUUAAAUACUUGUAGACUUUAAGCAGUUUUGACUCAUUGUGAGCCCUCGUUGUCGACAUGACUGCCCCCUAGUUGAUAGGAGUGUUACUAUUAAAAAAAAUACACAUAAAAGAAAUAUCUAGCCUCACACCCAACCUCAGAUCUCAAUGCAAACUCAGCGAAUCACCAACUGCCUCUUUUAAACUCUUAAUCUAGAUGUUACACGUUGGCACGACACAAAUGCUAUUUGCUUCAGCUUCUCUUUAGUGUCUCAGAUGCUUCCUAAUAUGUUAAAUGAGUGAAAUACCACAUUUGAAGUGCAUGAUUAGAGUAUUAAAUUUGUGUCAUCUGAUACAGUUUGUGCUUCUAUCUCACUGCAUUCAAUAGUGUCACACUAUGUUGCAUGUGAAUUGAUAAAAGCCUUUAUUAAAAUGUUUGCUCUCCAAGGUUUGGUUGUUUUAUUGUCAAGG